UUGGCCUGACCCGGAGCUGAACGGACGAUUAUAUAAGUGCCUACUACAGAUCAUUCAACUGCUUGCUGGAGUAGGCUAUAAGCCACACCAGAUGCCGGCGGCUUACGUUAGCACUAGCGGCAGGCACUGAGGAGAAGCUUCCUGCGACGGAAUGUGUGCGGAUCCGCGUAUCACAGACGUAUCACAGACGCUGUAGGCGCUGGGAUUGAGAUCCAGAUUCCUCCACAAGUAGAUAUAUGGAUGCAUGAUCUGGUAACAUGACGAGGAGGACCUAGAAAGGUAGGCUUCAGCUGGAACUCGAGGUGAGAAGUGGUGAUGACGAGAUCAUCGUGAUAGUGGGUAAUAGGCAGGGAUCGACAGUAGCUGGUGGCGGGGUAUAGUAUCAUCCAUAUAUAAGGAAGACACAUGCCACUACAUGUAGGUAUGUGCUCCUGUAGCUCUGAUAACUAUGGCCUCAUUAAGCAAUAUGUCUGCUUUCGAGCAAUGGUUAGACAAAGCCGCAACCCGCGGCCCUGACCGUGUGAUUCCGAGCUCCGCCGCCAUCGCGGUGACUAAAGAUGGAAUUAUAUACUCCCACUCCGCCGGCACUCAGUCAGAAGACCCGGCCUCUCCGCUAUUUGACAAGCCCCUCUCCCCGGACAACUCAAUAUGGAUCGCCUCCGCCACUAAACUUAUGACCUCCAUCUCCAUCCUCCAGCUCUUCGAGAAAGGUCUCGUUGACCUCGACGCAGAUGUCUCUUCCGUGCUACCCGAGUUCGCAAACCCCGACGUGUUCAUAAAGUUCAACGACGAGGGCGAACCAACCUACGAGAAAGCCAUCAAGAAAAUCACCAUCCGAAUGCUCCUAACCCAUCAGAGCGGCAUGGGAUACAACUUCUUCCACCCGUAUAUCCAGCAAAUCCGCGACUUCAAGGAAAAAGCAGGCGACGCCGUUCCCUCCAAACUCACAUGGGAAUCCCAACUCAACCCCCUCCUCGCCCAACCCAGCACCCAAUGGACCUACGGCUCCUCCUACGAGCUCCUCGGCCGCCUCCUCGAGCGCCUAACCCACACCUCCCUAGGUUCAUACAUGCAAACCCACAUCUGGCACCCCCUCUCCAUGUCCCCCAUAUCCUUCUCCCCCUCCGACCCCGCCAUCGCGUCAUCCCUCGCCGACGCCACACUCCGCGGGCCAGACAACACCUUCUUGCCGGCGCCUAACCACUUUUACCACGAGGGCGCGGAAUUCGAGUCCGGUGGCGCGGGAAUUUUCGCUGCGCCGAGCGCGUAUGGGAAGCUCCUUGCUGCUAUCUUGCGGGAUGACGGGGCGCUGCUGAGGCCGGAGACGAUGGCGAUGUUGUUUGAACCGCAGUUAAGCCCCGAGGUACAGCCAUAUUUCAACGCCGCGGUGUACGCCGAGGGCGCGGAGGUCUUAUCGCAGUCUCUGCCGCGGGAGGCGAGACUUACGCAGGCGUUGGGGGGUGCGGUGUGUCAAGCUGAUGUGGAGGGGAGGAGGAGGAAGGGGACGCUGAUGUGGGCGGGGUUGGCGAAUUGUUAUUGGAGUGUUGAUAGGGUGAGGGGGGUGGCGCUGUUUUGGGGGAGUCAGAUUAUGCCGACGAGUGAUAAGGGGGUGUUGGAUGGGUUUAGGAGGUUUGAGGAGGGGGUUUAUGGGGGGUUGGUUUAG